CAACAUGUGCGUCGCGCGUGGUGGCGGCGCAGAGUUUGUUUUGUUUUGCUUCAAAAUCAGCUGCGAUUCUCGCCGAAAGAACCGAUCUCCAUGGCAAUCCGGCCGUUCCGGUAGUUUGUUUGGAAAAGUUCACUGCAGUUGUGCGGUAAAAUUUGGUAAAGUUCCAGAAAUCCCCUCAGAAUGUCCUACGUGGCCUGGUUGAGCCGGAUUCGCGGCGCGGACAAGUCCUCCGCGAUUCAGGGCACGGUCCGCAAGGUGCACUACAACUUCCCGGACGGGGCCGAAAUGCUGGAGGAGUACAGCACCGAAACGGGCGUGGUGCUGCGGCGAGCCUGGAAGAACCGGUCGGACCUGCUGCGGAAGGACGAUUGGACGGUGGAGUUGGGAGAUCCCAUCCCUCAGGGAUUGAAGAAGGGCGGUGGCGCCGCGGACGGUGGCUUCCUGGUGCAAGAAUCUUCAACGGAACCGUUUCUCUCCAAACGUGUCACGCGGAACGCCAUCGAGUGGCGCAUCCGGAAUCUGCCCUACCCGCUGUCCACGUACACGAUCAGCUGUGAGGGCGAUCAGCGCACGAUUACGGUGCGGACGUCCAACAAAAAGUACUACAAAAAGAUCGAGGUGCCGGAGUUUCAGCGGUGCGGCUUUGCCCCCAGGCAGGAGGAUUUGACCGUGCGGCACCAGAGCCAGACGUUGAUACUGUCGUACAAAAAGCCUCCGAUUCUGGUGGAGAUGGAGAAAGCGGUUCUGGUUGAGCUGCAAAAUGUGGAAACUGUUGAGUAUGAUAACAGUCUUCAGUGCGAGGACCUUCUGAAAGGGUUAAUUGGUCAAUAAGAUUAAUUUUCUAGCGGA